GCUCCUAUGCAGGAUCAGAAUGAUGCUCAUGGCAACAACCGAACAAGUACUGCAGCACCUGCAGUUCGCGGCCUCUGUAACAACUCUACUAUUUACUUUCUCCUCCUUUCUCGUUAACCAUGGAUACUCUACAAUUGAAAAGACGUUCGGGCCGCGCAUAUCUGCUGUCAUUGUCGGUUCAAUCGGAUGCAUAGUCGCGUACUAUGUCACUCAAGCCAUCAUUGUUUUCCAAGGACGCCAUGAGCUUGUACAAAUACAGGACCGUCUUAUGCUUCUGGUCAUUCUUUCCUUGGCAUGGAGUUCACUUCUCACACGCACGCACUCUUGGUUGCCAGAAUUAACCGGUCUCUGUGUCAUUUCACUCGUCUCGGGGAUUCCUGUCUUGGUCCUCGAUACAAUAUAUAGAACCCGUUACGCCACAUACCAAGCCCUGCUUGUUGCGGAAUCCCUCCCAUUGGUUCAUGGGGGUGCCGUGCUGGUAUACUGUUUGAUUGUAUAUUUGCGCUUGCGGAGGACGAGGGCGAAGCUAGCCGAGGAAACAAGGUCCAGCCUCAGCAACUCAGACAGUUCCAUAGCAUCCGAGCGAUACCGUGACCAUUGCAGCAACCUAGACUCGGAAUCGGACUCGGACACAGACAUCUCCGAUGACGAAGACGAGGAAGAUCUUGACACUCGAAUCGGGGAGCUUCGCAAGUCAGGUCAUUGGAUAGACUAUCUCUCAGACUUCAAAGUCUUUCUACCGUUCCUCAUCCCGAGAAAAAAUAUCAAAGUCCAAUUGUGCUUUCUGGUCUGUGUGUUAUGCUUGAUCACUGAUCGUGUGUUGAAUGUGCUGGUGCCCACGCAGCUGGGUAGCAUCGCGAACAAGCUUUUCACACAGGAGCUUGCUCUCUCAGAUCUUGGGAUAUACUUUGCUUUGAAUAUUCUCCACGGGCAGUCAGGGUUGGAGAUGCUAAUGUCACUGGCUAAGAUUCCCAUCCAGCAGUUCUCUUACCGACAGCUCACCAACGCUGCCUUCAGUCACGUCAUGGACCUCACGAUGGAAUUCCACUCUGAGCGAGACUCUGCCGAGGUCAUGAAGUCUAUUGAGCAAGGCGCCGCGCUCACGAAUGUCUUGGAAACCAGCUUCCUAGAGAUAGCUCCAGCGGUCAUAGACCUGUUUGUUGCGUUUGUCCUUCUUUACCUCAAGUUCAACUCACUGGCGGCAAUGUGCAUGCUUAUUGCAACGCUGACCUUUCUGUCAUUGGAAGUCGCUGCAUCCCGCUGGAAUAUCGAUAAUCGUCGGCAGCUGACCAAAGCUGAACGAGGCGAGGCGCGUGUGAUGCAUCAAGCUAUUCAAGGAUGGCUGACGGUUUCGUCCUUCAACAUGUUCGCGUAUGAGAAAUGCCGCUUCGCAGAGGCAGUCGAUAAACACCUCACUGCAAAGCGAAAAUGGUCCUGUCGAGAUGUGUACUUGACUGGUUUGAUGGAAGCAUGCUUUCCUGCUUCUUUUGUAGUCCUUGCAUGCGUCGUUGCCCAUGAGGUCAGUCAAGGCCGGGCGUCGCCCGGAGACUUUGUUUUCCUGAUACAGUACUGGGACUAUCUCAUUUGGCCGAUCAAGUACUUGACCAAGGAUUACAGGUGGUUGAUCGCAGACUUGAUCGAUGCUGAGCGGCUGCUCGACCUGCUUACCACCAAACCGACGGUGUCUGACAAGUGCGAUGCUUUUGAUCUUGGACCUGUUCAGGGGUACGUUGAAUUUGAGGAUGCGUGUUUUUCAUACAACAACAAGAGGGAACCGGCUGUCCGUGACAUCAAUAUUUCUGCAGCUCCCGGGGCCAUUAUCGCCUUGGUUGGCACCACCGGAGCCGGAAAGUCUUCGCUGGUGAAGCUAUUACUUCGCCAUUAUGAUGUAACAUCCGGGCGUGUCAAAAUUGAUGGCCAUGAUAUUCGCGAUGUAACAAAAGGUUCUCUCCGGAAUUCUAUCGGUAUUGUACCGCAAAACCCUAUCCUUUUCAACGCCUCAAUUAUGGAUAAUAUUCGAUACGCCAAGUUGGAUGCCUCUGACGAAGAAGUCCAUCGAGCAUGUCAAGCGGCUGCAAUCCAUGACAAGAUUCUCUCUUUCGCACAGGGCUAUCAAACCAAAGUCGGGGAGCAGGGUGUCAAAUUAUCUGGCGGCGAGGUCCAGCGCUUAGCAAUCGCGCGAGCCAUUGUGAAGAGCCCACCCAUUCUGAUACUGGACGAGGCAACCAGUGCUGUAGACACUGAAACAGAGGCCAAAAUCCAAGAAGCCUUGAAACAUCUCAUCAAAGACAGAACAACUUUCGUUAUCGCACACCGGCUUUCAACUGUAGUCAAUGCAGAUCGCAUCUUUGUGCUGGAUAAUGGCAGCAUUGCUGAAAGUGGGACCCACCGGGAACUGCUUGAAAAGCAAGGGCGAUACUACAACCUCUGGAAUACACAACUGCAUGAAAAUGAGGAUCCUAUGAUGAUAAAUCUAGAGUCUACAGACUGAAUCAAGUUCAUGUUAGCUAUACGCAGCAGAGACCAUACUAGGCUAGCGCCAGAGGUGUCCCCUCCAAAAACUGCUAAGAUUGCCUGAACCAGCCAUAUCCACAAUGUUAGAGGAUAACACACCAUGGAUACUACCCGGCCCUGGGUUCAUUUAUCUCAGGGCCAAUUCCCUCCUAUCAGGAGGAUUCUCAUCCUCUGGACAACUUACUGAAUCGACCGCAUGUCUAUAUGAAAUCGGCCGAUACUGCUAUUCUUGGUGAGUCAAUUAUCCCUAUCUUUGGGCGUGCUGACUACACUAUCCCUAUUGGAGAGGUCCUUAUAGGUCGGCAGCCACGUUGAAGAUGGAGAUGAUGCCAGUGACAAUUAACUUGGUUGUCAAACGACGAUGUGGCUCUGUGCUAUUUAACAUGAUUGAGAUGCUAGUUGAUGCGGGCUUACUACGCAGAGUUAACACUGGGAUGACGUUGUUUAAGAAUGAAUUGAGAUUUGGUAAGCCUUUGUAAGUAUGCAGCCCGAUGGGGCAGUCUAUCAUUGUUAACUACAACUUCCAUUUCUCUUGAUUCUUACAUUCAAGGAAGGUUCAAGUAUGAUUGAAAC